GGACAUUCUCUGAGCGUCUCCUGGGAGCCCAUGGCUGGCUUCAUUUUGUCCUGGGGGUCACCUGAUGUCAUGAGGUGGUCUCAGCCCACCCACUUUACCAGAUGAGGAAACUACGGCUCAGAGAGGCCAGAAUGGUCCCAAAAAUCAUCCGUGUGUUCAUUCGGCCGCAGCCCUGAAGGGCCAGCCCGGGUCCCGGCCCUCAUGGCACGGCCAGUCCAGUGCGGGAAAAACAAGAAACAGGAAAGCAAAUAAAUAUGAAGCUGUCAGGCAGUGGGAGAGCUGAAAAAAAAGAAAGCAAGAUGAAAAGGUGCAGGUGGUGCGGAGAGCUGGGCGAUCCGGGGGGUCCUCCCUGAGGAGGAGGCACUGGGCCCUGAAGAACGCCCGCGGGCGGCAGAUCCGACCCUGCUCAGCCCCACCCAGCGGAGCUCCCCCUGACAGUAAGACAGGCCGAAGCUCUCAGCACGCCCAGGCUGGCCCCAGACCUCUCACAGUGCCUGCAGCACAGCAGCCUCUUCCCUCCUCAGGGCCUUUGCACACUUCCCGCUGCCUGGAACACCAUUCCUCCAGAUCCUCCCGAGACCCCUCCUGCUCAUGACCAGCCAAAGUUGCUCCCCCAACCACUUUCUACCCCACUCCCCCACCUUGCCCCCAGCUGUGAUCUCCGUAAGGUGGAGCCAGAACAGCCUGGGCCCAUCUGUGCCCCCAGCACCGGGGUUCAAGGCCAGGUCUGAUGCCUCCAAAGCAUGUGGUCCUAAGGGCUCCCCCGACCUCGCCACUGAGCUCUGUGGCCUGGGGCAAGCUGCCAGCCCCCUGGCCUCUGAUUCCCUCUCUGCACAGCAACUUUCCUCGUCACGGUGCAGGCAGGAGGGCCCACAGGCAGAGCUCAUAUCCCAGCUCCUCCAUCAGUCAGGUGACCCCAGACAUGCCACUGAAGCUCCCUGUGCCUCAGUUUCCUCACAGGCAAAAGGGGCCAGCAACACCGACUUUGGGGCAUCUGGGGAAGAGUCAGUGAGACCUGGGAGGGUCAUCUCGGAGACAACCCAUGAAUUGUGGGAUUGCAGCUCUCCCCCAGUGGAGGGGCGUCCAGGGCACCAGGAGGUCAGAGGGGCUCAGGGAAGACCAUGUGGGGUGGUGACUGUGGGUUCUAGGGGCCUGUAGCCGGUGACACAGGCAGAGAGAACAGCAUAUGCAAAGGCAGAGAGUACCAGGCUGAGGAUCUGCAGGCAGGUGCACAUCUUAGAGAGACCAGGUUGGGGGAGGGGUCUGGGCUGCAGCUGCCAAGGCAAGGGGAGGGACGAACGAGGGUGGCAGGGAGGGCUGUCUGAGUCCCAGGAGGACCCCUGUGUGCGGCGAUGUCUGGGGCUGCCCCUCCCAGAGAAACUUACGUUUCCAUCAGCACCAAGGUCUGGGCCAAGGGCUCUCAGAUGGUGGAACGUGAGGCAGAGCCAGGCAUGAUGGAGCCCAGGUGCCCUUCUCAACGUGGUCAACCCGUGCCCAGGAGUGCACCCUCUCCCUGAGCUGGGUGGAGGGACCUAGAUUCCAGCUGGCGCCACCUGGGACCUGCUGGGUGACCCAGGGCCAGUCUGACCCCUCUUGGGGACCUCGUUAAGGGCCCAGCCUUCCCUGGGUGGAAUGAGCAGAGGCUCAGACCAGCCAAAAACAGCAGGCGAUGUUCUAAAGCAGAGGCCAUGAAACCAAGAAUAAUCGGAAAAAUAAACAGGCAGAUGGUUCCCCCAAUAAUGGCUAUUUUGGCCUUGGAAGGCCACGAGGGUCACCCAUCGGGGCAUGGGCACACACCCCACAGGUCCAGAGAAGCCCGCCCCCAUCCCAAUCCCACCCCUGCCUGGGCUGGGAGCAGUGGACCUGCGUUUGAUUCCCAGUCUACCCAUUUCGCACUGUGUGACCCAGGGUACGUCACUCACCUCUCUGGGCCUCCGCUUCCUCAUCCUUAAAAGCCGGGACUCUGUGUGGAUGCCAAGCGUCCCGCAGGCACCUGGCCCACAGCAGAUGCUCCGAGCAUCUCUGUCGGGAAAAGGCCAGGCCUGUCCUCCACGCCUGCCCCCCGACCCCUGGUGCGGGAGCCGUGAGCAGCAGGCGGGACCUGGGACCGAACUCCCAGGCAGCCACCUGUUGGCCCAAGGCCGAGGCCAGGCUCCCUGGCUGCCCUGGUCCCAUGCGCGGCAGGCGGACGGCAGCCAGGCUGGGGGACUGGCGUCCGCUGGGCACCCAGGCAGCCGAGCGAGAACACUCAGGGACAGUGGGGUGGUCUCGAGAGGAGUCGAGGAGACGUCAGGACACAUCCCCACCUGCCAAUAAGGGAAGCCGGUGUGGCCCCGGGUCCCCCUCUGGGUCUGCGGGCAGCUACCAGCAUCCUGAGCUGCGGGGGUCCUAGCCCCGCAUUGCUGGGCACACGGCAGGGACCCAGUGAGCUGUGUGUGGAGGCAGUGGGGUACAACCCCCCAAAAGUUGGUGUGGCCAUAAGGCUGGACAAAGAGGGGGCCCCAGGUGGGGACAGGGUCAAGUGACUUGGGGACAGGUGCUCAUUCUCCUCUGGGAAGAUUCCCAGGGUUUGAGAGCUCCACAAAGGCUCUGAGAAGUCCUGGACUGAGCACAGUGGACGACCCAGGCCCCUCCCCAGAAAUGAGCAGGCUAGCCCGGGCAGAGCCUCCAUCAGGCGGGGAGCCCAGCAGCCUCCAGCGCUGUUAUUAUCACCCUGCACCUUCCGCGUGGGCGUGUCUGCGAGCACUUCUCUCUUAGCCCACCCAGUGCCUCCCGCUGCUCUGCCCGACUUCACUCAUUCAUUUGCUCACUCAUUCAUUCAACAAACAUGAUUCCCAGCAUCAGAGGUGAGGGAACUGAGGCCCCAAGACAAGGACAAGCAGGCACCGACAGUCAGGGUGACUGAGUGGGCUUCCUGGAGGAGGUGUCAACUCUGCCUGGCCAGGAGGACUGGUGGGAAGGCAGGGUGGAGCUGAGGGCAGAAGCCAAUUCCGGCCCACACUGGGCGGGCCUCGCCCUGCAGGCCUUGGUGGAGGGCGCUAAGGCAUUCACUUAGGAUGCUCUGGGCCGGCUCUUCUGGGUGCCGGAGAAACAGACGGGAGCUCUGCCCCCACCCCCCCCUCAAGAUGCUCAGUCUGAGGAGAAGGCUUCCUGAGGCGGUGAGGUCAGGGUGAAGAUGGGCAGGAACAAGGCAGGAAAGGGACAGAGCUCCAGGUGGAGUGAGCGGCUUGGGCACAGGCACAGGGCUCGCAGGGUGCGUGGAGUGUCAUCAGACAGUUGGGGUGCCACGAGAUGGAGAGGGGCACCCCCAGCCCUGUCCAGGGCUCAGGCCCCUCCCAGGCAAGGCCCUGCCCCAGCAGCCCCGCCUCUGGAGGCUGGUUGUGAUCACAUGCCUGGGGGGAUGGCGUGUGGGGGGGAACAAGGGCAUCGCCCUUCCCCCACCGUGCCCACCCACAGGGUCUCUGCAAAGCCCUGAAAGGCCUGUGACAUGCGGGGCUCCGGGUCUACCCACCUGGAGGGGUCAGGGGAGAAAUGCCCCCCUCACAUGUACCAUGCGGCCCCACCCCCCUCCACCCCUCCACCUCUGGCCACCCCUGAACCAGGUGCUCUGCCUCAGCUAAGGCCCAGGACAGCCAUGCGGGGCAGCAUAAUACAGUUGUCCCCACUUCACAGGAGAAGAGACUGAGGCUCAGGGAGGACCCCUGCGGGGUCAGAGCCCUCACUCCAAAGCUGGGUGGGGCAGUGAGUGGUGCAGGUGCCUGGGAGGGAGGCCUACACGGUCACCUCUGGCCAGACACCUGCCUCCCGGUGAGCUGGAUCCGGUCCAGGCUCCUUGCACGGUGUUCAAGGCCCUGUGAGGGCGCCUACUGGCCUCGGCCUCCACGUCUCCCUGCGCCACAGCCCUGGCUGCUCAGCCAGGCUAUGCACCUGCUGAGUCCACUACCUCCUCCAGGAAGCCUUCCCUGAUCCCACCUUCCUGGGCUUCCCCCAACACUGUGCCCAACAUUCAGCUACGGGGCCAUCUGCCCCACCCAAGAGACCAUGGAAGCAGGGCCAGGCCCCCCGGUGCUCGGUCCCUUAGGGGAACCGUGGGUGAGGGAGGGAUGGUGGGCAGGGAGCAGUCAGGCCUGGGUCUGGACUGGACCUUGCCCCUGCUCAGGAUGGAGUUUGUCAUCUCCCUUCCCUGGUCCUCAGUUUCCUCCCCCGGAAAAUGAAAGGCCUGGGCUUGGGGGGCUGUGGGGUGGAGGAAACAGCGAAUCCCAGAUGGCCCCUCAUGAGGCCCCAUGGAAACCCCUGGCGAGUGGUCUCUGAGUGUGGACGCAUGGAGUUUAGGGUCCGCUCAGUCAGGGACAAACCCCAAGGCCCAGCUGGGUGACCCCAGGCUAGUUGCUGAAGCUCCCUAUCUCUGCGUCCUGGGUCCUCGUUUGUAAAAUAGGACUCACCCUCCCUGCCCAGUAACGGGGGAACUUCAGACAUUUCCACUUCCACCCCACUGCGGGGCCACAGUGAGCGGGCGCCGAGAGCAGGCAGACUCCAAGCCAUGCUGAACAGGGGCCAGGGGCGUGGGCUGCGGGCUGCAGGAGCCGAUUUGGGCCACAGUAAAGACUCUCCUUACGUUCAGAGCAGUCUUGCAAUGCAGGGGGCUAACCUGACAGGUAACGAGCUCCUCGUUCCCAGAGCAGUGCAAGCUAAGCUUUCACACAUUCAUUCACUCACCCACUUGACGUUUACCGAAUGAGACUGUACGGGCCUCUCCUCUCCAGGAAUUCUUAGGCUAGCAGGGAACCAGACCAGUGGCCAGGCAAUGACAGAGCCACGGGUGCUACAGGAGCCCCGAAGAGGCAGCAAAUUCACUUGAGGCAAUCAGGGAGGGCUCGCUGAAGAAAGAGGCAUCUGAACGGACGAGAACUGGCAGGUGAAUAAGAGUGUAUAGUCAGAAUUAUGUUAGUCGCACGUGACAGAAACUAAGCUCAAAGUAACUUAAGCCAAAGAGGGAGAUAAUGGCUUCAUAUAACCGACAAGUCCCAGAAUAUCUCUCGCUUCAGGCAGGGCUGGAUCCAGGUGCUUCAGCCACUCUCUCACUUGGCCUCUCCUCACUUGGUCCUGCCUCCCUCCUGGCGGGCAUCUUCUGGAGGAAUAUGGCCAUCAGCAGCUUGAGUCUCAAACCAACCAGCUUGGCAACGCCAGGGAAGAGAGAACUGCCAAGAAAAGUCCCACUGCCAGUAGUGGCCAGGCUGGCCCAUGGAGCCACCAGUGACCAGUCACUGUAGCCUGGGGGAGCUUGUCACCUGGGGUAGCUUGGGGUUCAGUGUGGCAGGAAUCCCAGCCCAAGGCUCGGGAACCGAGCAGGGCCAGGCCACUGAAGGACUUUAUCCCCCAAAGGUGGAGGGAGGCUGGGCCCUCCCCCCAAGAGGCCUGCAGGGCCUCCUCCUUCCCUAGGAAGCUCGGGGCCUGGUCUCCGCCAGCCCCCUAGCCCCCACGAUUCCACCGUCAUCCGUCCACCCUGCUCCCUGGAGGAGCCCUCCAGAGCAGUCUCAAGGGUCUGUGCCCAAAGGUCCAGAGACAUGGGCAGCGCUGCCAGGCAGCAAAGACGUUCUGGAAGGUGCGGCCGUGUUCAAGCCUUGGAGCAUGUCAGUGCUGGAGGUGCCCAUUGCAUAGAUGGGGAGACUGAGGCCCAGGAGGGCCUGGGCAAAUGGAGGGACUCCUGACCCUUCCUUCUGAGAUGCCUCCUUUCCUCUGAGCUAGGUGGGAGGGCAGGAGGGAAGGAAAAGAGGGGCAGGGGAGAGGCCCCCGCAGAGCUAGAAACCAGUGGGGGAGAGAAGGGCGGCUGGUGGGGGCUGACGGGGCACAGCCUGUGUCCCUGCCUCCUCCCCUCCUGACAGCUGCACACCAGCUGGCCGUCCCCCAGGACCAGGACUCGCCCUCGGGGGCUGGGGGCUGAGCAGAGAGUCCACUCCACAAGGCCCAGCCCACGCCCGCCCUGCGCCCUCCUGCUGCCGUUCUCCAAAGGGGCUCCGUAUCCUAACUCCCGCCUUUGUUGGUACUCGGUCCUGUCCCCCAUCCCCCACCCGCCAAAAUCCUCUCAGGACCCUUCCAGUGCCACCUCUUGACAACACAUCCGUACAACCUCAGAGGUGGAUUCUAAUUCUGCUCACUUUACAGAUGGGGAAACUGAGGCUCAGAGACUUGAAGUUCCCACGGUCCGUUCCGAGAUGGAGCAGGGCUCUGGACAGGGCAGUCCAGGCCAGAGCGGGAUUCUCGAUGGUCACGCUCCAGCGCCCCCCUCCCCACUGUGUGUCACCCCCACUGGCCCUGAGCCCUGGAGAGCAGGCCUGCGUCCCCUCUCUUCUGCCGGGAGAAGUGCCUGCAUUCGGCGGUGGGGCAAGCUGGGGCCGGGGGCAGGGGCUGGUGGACAGUGCACUGGCUCCCAGCCCGGGAUGGCUGCCCUGGCGCAGUUUCUAGGCCCCGAGCCCGGCACCGUGCGGACACUACGAGGACACGGCCCCUGCCCACUGGGCUCCAGCCAGCUGGCCCGGCUGCAGGAUCUGCUCCGCCUCAGCCAGGCCCAGGGCACCUGCCAGGGCCGUGCCUCCCCCUCAGGCUGGCUCCCAGGGCAGGGCCGAGCCUCCCCCUCAGGCUGGGGAAGGCACCAGCGACCCCAUUUAGCAGAUGAGGAGAGCAAGGCUCGCUGGCCUGGCCGAGGCCCCGGGGUGAGGGAGUGGCAGAGCAGGACUUGAACCCGGGUCUCCGGGCCUCCUCUCCUUCUCCCCGCCAGCUCUGUGCCUCCCCCUCAGACUGGGUGGGCGGGCCUGGGGCCAGGCUGUUCCCGCAGAGAAGCAGCACUUUCUCUCCUUUCCCUUGUUCCAGGCUAUAUUUAGAGGCCGAACAGGGGGGACACGGGGGAGUGGGUCCCCCAUGCGCCUGCCGGCCGAGCGCGCUGCUUGCCUGGAUGCCCCACCCUCCCCUCAGGACCCAGGACCUGGCCGCGGGCUCACCCUGGGCCGGGGUCCGAGUCCCGGCCUGUCCUCCCCGGAGCCUCGGUUUCCUCGUGUGGGAGUGGAAGCGGAGGCCUGGAGGCGGGACGGGAGGAGUUAGCGCACCAGGCCCUUCACGGGGACCCACUCCGUGAACCUCUCGGGGCCUGCAGGAAGGAGGCUGUGCCGUUGUUACAUCACCGUACAGGCAGGGAGACUGAGGCUCAGAGAGGUUAACCAACCUCUCUGAGUGACCAGAGUGACCAGCAGUGAGUGGAGGCCAACCCCAAACCGGCACCUCCCCUGGUCACUGUUAUUGUUCAAAUGCUCCCCACAACGCCCACCGUCCCCGGCACCGCCAGCCGUGACAGCCCGCACCGCCCUGAGCCCCGUCUUCCACGGGACCACGGACAGGCCCAGCCCCAGCUGGCAGGCAGGGGUGCGGAGCCCCAGUGUGGACAAUGGGAGGAGGGGGCACGGUGGAGGCGAGAAGGCGCCGGCAGGAGCUCGGGGGGUGCUGAGAGCGUGGAUGGUGGGUGAGGGCACUCUGCCGAGGGGCCAGCAGGGCACACACUUGACCAAAGCAGAUUCGGGGGUUGGGAGGGGAGCCGUCCCAGAGGAGUGCUGAGGGGAGCAGAAGCUGAGGCAGUGGAGCCCAACAGGGAAACCAAGGUCCAGGGGGGGGACUGUCCUGCCUGAGGCCAUGCAGAGGAGGGGCGAGGAGGGAGGGGCAGCUCAGCCCACACACUCCCAGUCCAGCUCCUUCCCUGCCCCUGGAAGUGGAGCGCCACGUAGGGUGGCUUCUGGAGGCCGUCAGCAGGCCACCACCUCCACGGGCCAGUGCUGGCUCUGGAGGCCCGCCAUUUGAGUUCCUCCUCCUUCAAAACAGAAUAAGCGGAUGCCCCAGAGAGUGGUCACUGAAUAAUUACAUCAGACAUCAGUCUCUGUGAGAGGCCCGGGGCGCGUGCUGGCCGCCGUCAUGCCCUCUGCAUCUCCCGUGGGGCCCUCGGCCGGGCCAGCCCCCAAUGCCACGGUGGCAGUGGCGGCGUGGGCCAACGUCAGCACGCAGGAGAGGCCGCUGUUCCACCUGGUCGCCCAGCUGGACGAGAAGCUGCACGCGGCCUUCCCGGGCCUGUGGCUGGCGCUGAUCGCCGUGCACGGCGUCAUCUUCCUGGCGGGGCUGGUGCUCAACGGGCUGGCGCUGUACGUCUUCUGCUGCCGGACCCGGGCCAAGACGCCGUCGGUCAUCUACACCAUCAACCUGGUGGUGACCGACCUGCUCGUGGGCCUGUCCUUGCCCACGCGCUUCGCGGUCUUCUACGGCACGCGCGGCUGCCCGCACUGCGCCUUCCCGCACGUCUUCAGCUACUUCCUCAACAUGCACUGCUCCAUCCUCUUCCUCACCUGCAUCUGCGUGGACCGCUACCUGGCCAUCGUGCAGCCCGACGGCUCCCGCCGCUGGCGCCAGCCCGCCUGCGCCAGGCUCGUGUGCGCCCUCGUGUGGCUCUCCGCAGGCGCCGUGACCAUGUCCGUGCUGGGGGUGACGGCCGGGGGCCAGCCCUGCUGCCACGUCUUGGCGCUGACCGUCCUGGGGUUCCUGCUGCCGCUGCUGGUCAUCAGCGUGUUCACGGGCCGCAUCGUGUGCGCGCUGUCGCGGCCGGGCCUGCUGCGCCAGGGCCGCCAGCGCCGCGUGCGUGCCAUGCAGCUGCUGCUCACCGUGCUCGUCAUCUUCCUCGUCUGCUUCACGCCCUUCCACGCCUGCCAGGUGGCCGUGGCGCUGUGGCCGGACGUGCCGCUCCACGCCAGCCUCGUGGUCUACCACGUGGCCGUGACCCUCAGCAGCCUCAACAGCUGCAUGGACCCCAUCGUCUACUGCUUCGUCACCAGCAGCUUCCAGGCCACCGUCCGGGGCCUCUUCCUCCAGCGUGGAGCAGCGUGCGAGCCCGGCGGCAGCCAUGCGGUCAGCAUGCACAAGAGCUCCAAGGCCUCAGGCCACCAGCACAUCCUCAGCGCCAGCCCUCACGCCCUCACGCAGGCCCUGACUAACGGGCCUGAGGCCUAGUCAGCAGGCUCUACAAGAGGCCAAAGGUCAGAACCAGGCUGGGCAUGCCAGGUCAGAGACAGUGCGGGCCUCCGCUCCGCCCGAGUGGCAAAUCGGGUUCGCCUCGAUUGAUUGGUGAUGGCUGCCCAGGACACUGCAGGGAGAAAGAUUCUAAGGCCACUGCACUGUGGUUGAUUGGCAAUGUCUGCUACAAGCUCCAGAGUGGGUGUGGUGGUCUGAAUGCUGAUUAUUCGCCAUCCCUAGGGUGUAUAUUGUGUCCACUGAAAACUCAGAGGGGUAGCUGGGAGCUGCUUCUUGCCUGGGCCAUUUUGCCGCCAGAAGGGAUUUCUCAGAAACAGGGACAAAGAUAUUUUUUGCUACCGGGAAUUCCGAGGAGGAUUAAAAAGACAACCUGGAAUGGUCCCCUUCUCUUUCUCCCACAUGCCCCCUUCCUCCUCCCCCACAGAGAGAGAACAAGGGCAGAAAAGAAAUGUCAGGGGACAGGAAUGUCACGCGAGGGGUUCAUGUUUCUGUAGGGACCCCGCCUGAGGCCUCCAUGAACCACACACAGUAAGACAGUGUGACACCCAUGGGUGCUUUGCUGUAAGAACUUGAUACCUGGGUUGACGCUUGAACCCACAACGACCCCACACAGGAGCACUGUGGUCUGCCCAUCCCAAGCACAGGAGGGGUUAGUGGCAUGCACAGGUGCCACCACUGGGCGAUGGCCAGAAUCAAAGCCCGGACCCAGCUCCUCCAACGCCCUGCACUGCCCCGUGGAGACUGCUCAGAUCUUCCAAAUCCCCUACCCCAGGACUGGUCUCGGAAGACCCUGCCUGCUGCCCCGGGAGGGCGGCAGGGCUCACGGCCUCGUCCUAUGGAUGAGAAAACCAGGAGCAAAGACACAGCAGCUUGAACCCAGGCCUGCCAGCUUAGGACCACCUCUCCCCACACUCAGAGCCCUUCGUUCUCCCCUCAGGGGCAAAGAGGCUCAGAUCAGCUCUUCUUGCCUGGCUACCCCCAUCUCCCUGCCUUUCCUGAGGAGGAAACAUUUCUCUGGCUUGGGCCUCUGAUCACCUCCUCUGAGCUGGACUCUGGGAUUGCCUCCACGUGUCUUCUGUCCCAGCUCCCGGGAGCCCUUUCUGAACUGCUGUAUGGGGGAGGGGGCCUGUUGUGGGAGAGGUGCUCUGGGCAUCCCGGGCACCUCCAGCCACCAGGCUCCGCCCUCAUUCUUGGCCACAACCACUGAAGCAGGUGAGAUGGAAUCUGGGACCCAGCUUUGCACUUUGUCUACAGAGAAACAUCCUACAUGCUCGGUGGCUCCAGGCAGAGCACCCUGUCCCUCAAGUUCAGGGCCCCUGAGAGAGGCCUGGAUGGAGGCAGGAAGGCUGUUUGUAUCCCCAUAUUAUAGAUGAAGAAACUGAGGCUCAGAGAGGAAAAGGGUCUUGCCACGGUCGUAGAGUGAGUCCCCGGAUACUGCUAGGCCAGCACUCUUUGCCAGCCCCUACUGGAUCCCUGUGGGGUUGGCUCCUCUGACCCCAGGACCUUGUGGGGCAGCUGGGGUGGGAGACAUUGGCCCACAGCCUGCCUGCUAGAGGAGCUGGAGUCCCCGGGAGUCCCAGGCUGGCUCUGGCUCAGCAGCGGGUGGUGGAGCUGCACCCACCCCGAGAUACUUCCUGGGCCCGGAUGCUCGGGAGGCGGCGGGUGUGGCCACAGCACCACCACCCCCUGCAUCUGUGGCCCUGACCGAGUGCCGGGCACACCCCCAGCUCAGAGAGGGGCCAGGGCUCACCAGGGACCCAGAGCUGCAGGAGGCCUAGCUCUCGGGAAAGGAGGGGCCGGGAGCGGGCUGUCCGUGCUGAGAAGCGCAUGGCGAGAGGUUGACCCUCGGAGGCAUGCGUGGUGGGUUUCCAGGCGGGAAGACGAGCCCGUGCCUGGGCAGUCACACAGCGGAGGAGGGAGGGUCCGUGUCAGGUGUCCACCCCAGCCCAGCACCACCUGCGGGCUUGCCUCCAGGGUCAGCACCCCCCGGUCCUCACUCUAAUUCACACUAAAGCGUGAGUGGCUGCACUAGCUGACUGCUGUGCUUGGGGGUGGAGGGGUCGCAAUUUUUCUGGAACAAUCCCUUCCUCUAGGAGGAGGAGUCUCUGAGGUUGGUGAGCGAGCGUGGGUUUGGGAAACGUUGAUUCGGCAUCUAGUGAGUCCCCGGUCUGUCUGGCCCCUCUGCACAGCCAUCGUCUCACUGAUCCUCCAUUUAUGGAGAGAAGAGCCGGGGACAGAACUGGGAGCCACAUCCAGAGAGGGGCCCGAGCCCCCUCCGCUUGUCCCCGAAUCUGAAAUCCCGCCACCCAGGGACCCGGGGACUACAGGAGCCUUAGAGGUGUGGGACCCCGGGCCCAGGGGCAGCCUUCUACGCUCGAGCGUAAGAGGGUGGCCCCUGUCUUCUGGGGCCGGGGCAGGAAUUGGGGGCCAACCUCGCACCUCCGAGAACUCAGUCUGACGGCCCCCGUGCAUAACACUCGCUGGAUGAGCCUCGGUUUCCCCGCUCGCCACUCCUCUCCUUGGCCUUGCAGCUAAAGGGCAGGGGACCAGGGGCAGGGGUCCCCCACGUGACCUUGUCUGGACCCUCGCAGCUCUCUCAGAUGCUUGCGCCCUCCUCCUGACAGUUGGCUCCCUUCCACUCUGGCCUCCUCCGUCAGGACUGAGGCCCAGGAGCCUCCAGAGGCCAGACUGGGACUGUCCUUAUCCCACGGGGGCCAGGCUGUGAGGUCUCUGCGCCCCCUCCCCACGGCCUCCCUGCCCAGAUUUUUAAAAAGCCGGAGUGGCGUGAUGGCAUGUGUAUUUAUAGCUGGUGUAAACAAUCUCCUUAACGAGAAGUUCUCAUCCUGAAUUAAAUCUGUUUAUUCCCUGCGUGCCCUCGACUCGGCACCCUGGUUGGUUGGC